UGGCAAGAGCUGUUGGAGUGUAGUAAGAUGAUGAAGAAUUUAGAAAGUUUAAGUUUUUGUUUUAAUUCUCUCUCUAGUCUUCACGAUUCUACCGGUUAUUUAAAUCAUCUACGAUCUUUGGCUAUAGAAAAUAACAAUAUCUCAAGGUGGAAAGAUGUUUUAUAUCUAGGACAUUUACCAAGAUUAGAAACGCUGUCUUUAAAUGAAAACCAAAUAGAUUCCAUAGAAUUUCCAGAUGUUGACGUCGAAGAGAAGACAUCUUUCUUUCCAAAAUUAAAAACACUUUAUAUACUUAGAAAUAAAAUCUCGCAGUGGUCAUCUGUAAAUGAGUUAAAUAAAUUAAAGAGUCUUUGUGAUGUCAUGAUGUUGUUUAAUCCAAUCAAUGAUACCCAUACACCAGAAACUGUUCGGCAAUUAAUGAUCGCUAAAAUAUGCACGUUAACUUUACUAAGCAGAACAGAGAUCUUACCAGAAGAAAGGAAGGGAUCAGAAAUUGAUUAUUUAAAACGGUUUGGUGAAAAAUGGCGGGAAUCAGGAGGAAGUCAAAAGGAAGAAGAAAAUAAUCCUAGUCCAGAAUUUAUAAAUGAACAUCCACGUUACCUUGAGCUUAUUAAAAAAUGGGGUGCUCCUGAAGAUUCGGAAUUCAAACAAAUUUCAUCCAAAUUAAAAGAUAACCUCAUCUUUGUAAAAAUAGCCUGUCCACAAAAUACAGCAAAGGGUGUCGUAGAGAAAAAGUUACCACAGUCAAUGACAGUACAGAAAGUACGAGCUUUAGUUCAGAGAUUAUUUCAAGCCGACGCCUCAACCCUGCAACUAUCUUACAGCAGUCAAAAGAUGGAAGGUCCUAAUGUAGAAAUGGAUAAUGAUUUACGUCAGCUGUCAUACUAUUCAAUAGAAUCAGGAGAUACAAUUUACGCCAAAUGGUGAACUGACAAUUUUAUAUACUGAAUAUACCAGAUUCGAAAAGGGUUAUUAUAUAAACAAAAGGGGCAAGCUUGUACGUACUGAUGUAGACAAGCUUGUACGUACUGAUGUAGACAAGCUUGUACGUACUGAUGUAGACAAGCUUGUACAUACUGAUGUAGAUAAACAUUUACUACUGAUGGAGAUAAAAUGACUGCCAGAAAUAUCUCUUGCUUAUCACCCAAUAAUUUCCAUUUUGGUUGCCAACUAAUUUAAGAAAUUGAACUUUUGAACACUGUAUUUAAGAACUGUAUAUAUUUGUAAAAUAGAGUUAGCUUCACCUGACUGUAAUAGAGUCAUGUUUUUAUUCUGUGUUAGAGAUAAGAUAUAAGGCCAGAAAAAAAAUAAUGUCCUGAUUCUCAGAUAAUCCAGUGUCACUUACAAAUGGCUGCAUGAUCUGUUUAUAUUUUUAAAAAUAUAAUCAAUCUUAUUAUUUACCUCAUGUAAAUUACAGGAAUUGAGUCUUUAACAAAUUAUUGAAUAAAACUAGAAGUUUAGUUGUCAUAUAUACAACUCUGACACAUGUUACAGGCAAUCAUGAAUGGCGCCAGAUAAUUUUACCUUCCUGUAAACAAUAUGAUGAGAUAAUUGAUACCGUACUGGAUAAUCAUACAUUCCUAAAAACAACAUGAGAUAAAUGAUACUGGAUAAUCAUAUAUUCCUAUAAACAAUAUGAUGAGAUAUAUGAUACUGGAUAAUCAUAUAUUCCUAUAUACACCAUGUUGAGAUAAAUGACCCUGGAUAAUCAUACAUUCUAUAUACAACAUGAGAUAAAUGAUACUGGAUAAUCAUAUAUUCCUAUAUACACCAUGUUGAGAUAAAUGAUACUGGAUAAUCAUAUACAACAUGAGGUAAAUGAUACUGCAUUCUACCUUCCUAUAAACAAUAUGAUGAGGUAAUUGAUACUGGAUAAUCAUAUAUUCUUAUAAACAACAUUUUGAGAUAAUUGAUACUGGAUAAUCAUAUAUUCCUAUAAACAACAUUUUGAGAUAAAUAACACUGGAUAAUCAUACAUUCUUAUAAACAAUAUGAUGAUCAGAUAAAUCUAGUACCUUGAAAUGAGAUGUUUUUGAGACGUGAUUUAGCCCAGUAGUGAUUGUAAUACUCUAUCAUUCCCAUUUAAAACUUUAACUGACCACUUAUGAAAACCUUGCUUUUAACGCCAUAUAACAAUCAAAGUAAGAUAACUCUGUAUGGAGUCAGACCAUACGAUUUAAUCACUAUCAACAAUGAUCUUUUGACAGAAUAAAAACCUCCCGCCCCUUGGAUCAAAUGUUUAAGAGGGAUUGUCUGAGAACCAGGUGUUUUUGCAUGGCCUCACGUGUUUCUGUAAUUUAACUGUGAUAUACUGUACAUCGUUAUAUAAAAACUAAAUUGUAAAUAAAAAACUACAAAAGUAAGGACUAUAAAUAUUA